AUGGAUAUCAUCGGGAAAAUCCACCCGCCAUCUUCCAGACGCCAGUCGUUCAUAUUGGUGGCCACGGAUUAUUUCACAAAGUGGAUAGAAGCUGUGCCGUUGGCUAAUGUAACGUAUCAGGAGGUGAUCAAGUUCGUUAAAGAGCACAUUAUUCACCGAUAUGGAAUCUCGCAGACGAUCACCACCGAUCAAGGUACUGUUUUUACCUUCGCCGCACAGCAAACGGGCAGGCCGAAGCAGCCAAUAAAGUUAAUUGGGGAAAUAAAAAAGGCUGUAGAAGAUAACCCAAGAAGAUGGCACGAAGUGUUAGGAGAGGCCUUAUGGGCUUGCAUACAAUACCGAAAUAAAGCCACUGGUUGCACUCCAUUCCAACUGGUUUACGGACUAGAAGCGAUAUUGCCGUUGGAAAUCACGGUGCCAUCGCUACGAGUGCUGAAGCAGAAUUCGCUUAGUCCCGAGCAGUACGAUACAACGAUGUUACAAAGAUUGGAUGACGUACAAGAGGAUCGGAUGAUGGCUCUGGAAAAUAUCAGGGCAAAUAAAGUGAAAGUGGCUUGA